GAAGCUGUCAGUGUGAGUGACCCCACAUAUUUGGAAACUCAUAACUUAACCAACCGAUUUGUAUUAGGUAGCUUAGCUAACCCAACUUCUAACCCUUCUCUUCUCUUACAACAUUCUUUCAUUCUACCUCAAAUACACCAAAUGGGGUCCAUUCCUCUUGGAACUUCAGUAUCUCCAACUCCUAUAUACACUUCAAAAAUCUCAUCUUUCAAUAUCAAUUUUAAGAAAUCAACUCCUUUCCAAUCUUGGGUUUCACCUUCAUCUCAUGAAUUACCAAUUCUUUCUCCCUCCCAAUCAGGAUUAUGCAGAGCCAGUCAAGUUGUUGAUUUGUUUCCAACUAUGUCUCCCGAAAUUACCGUCAGAGAGGCGAGAUUAGAGGACUGUUGGGAAGUGGCAGAGACUCACUGCAGCUCUUUCUUUCCUGAAUAUUCAUUUCCAUUAGAUUUUGUUUUGAGGAUGGAUAGAUUGGUGGCUAUGUUAGCAGGAUUCUCUUUACCAAAUGGUUGCAAAAGAACCUGUUUGGUUGCUGUUGUUGGCAAUUCACUUGAUCAAACUUUCUUAUUUGGAAGUGAAGAUUUCAAAAUUGCGGGUUUUGAUGGAAAGUUAAGCCUCAACAAGGGAUAUGUAGCUGGCAUAUUGACAGUAGAUACCGUUGCCGACUUUCUGCCUAGAAAGGGACCGUUGCGACAGAGAAGGACUGGAGUUGCAUACAUCUCAAAUGUGGCGGUGCGAGAAAAAUUUAGACAGAAAGGAAUCGCAAAACAAUUGGUGGCAAAGGCAGAAUCCCAAGCGAGAAGUUGGGGAUGUCGGGCCAUUGCAUUACACUGUGAUUUACGAAAUCCUGCGGCGACAAAGUUAUACGAAGGGCAAAGUUUCAAAUCUAUAAAGGUUCCAGAAGGAGCUAACUGGCCUCAACCAAAGACCUCACCAGAUGUUAAGUUCAACUUCAUGAUGAAACUUCUCAACAAAUCAGGAGUUUCUUAAACUAAUUAGAUACUUCCUAGAUAGAUUUUUUUUAUUCUGUUGUACAAUGUAAUGUAAAUGAACACAGACAUAAGUAAAUGAAGAAUUUAAGUUAGAAAUUGCUGAGCCACUCUAAUUUGCAAAGUACUUUAUUCCUACUCGUGAAGUUUUAUGCUGAUUUUAUAUUGAAUUUCAAUAGCAGAAUGGGUUGAUCAAAGUUUUCUUAUCUGUUUUGUCAGACAGAGAAGUUGAAAUCAAUACAUCCUCUUUCCACAAUUAGAAAGGCUACAUCAUCCUGUCAGUUGAGAUUGAGUCCAAACGCUAUAUUAAAAUAAUAUUCAAUGCUGACCACAACAAAAUUACAGGAAAUAUUGAUAACAC